AGUGUCACCGCACUGAGUCUUACCGGACGGUUUGCUUAACACCAACGGAGAAAAUCAGAGCUGCAGCAAAGUGAAAGGAAGAAGCAGAGAACUGCUGCUGUCACGACCGUGUUCUGCUCUUCAGUCUCCCUGUGGUAGAAAUUAAAUCAUGGGCGCCAACGACCUCAACGUGAACUCUGACCCCGCAGGGUCACGACCCUCUGCUCGGCACCGGAGUCCCUUCAACAGCAUCAAGUUCUUCGUGUUGUGCCACAGCUUGCUGCAGCUGUCUCAGCUGCUGGUGUCGGGCUACAUGAAGAGCUCCAUCUCCACCAUCGAGAGACGUUACGGCCUCUCCAGCCAGAAGUCUGGGCUCCUGGCGGCUUUCAACGAGGUGGGGAACACCGUCCUCAUCGUCUUUGUGAGUUUCUUCGGCAGUCGAGUCCACAGGCCGCGGUUCAUCGGGGGCGGAGCUCUGCUGGCCUGCUUCGCCUCACUGCUGAUGGCGCUGCCGCACUUUUUGAACGAACCGUACGACUACACUGACCGCAUCAGCUCAUCCGGUGACAACAGCUCAGGUCUCUGCCAAUCAGGAAGACCCUUCAUCACCUCAUCCUCCAAUCAGAGCUGCAGCGAGCAGGAGAGCCCCGCCCAGCAGGGGGUGUACCCUCUGCUGCUUGUGGGUCAGCUGCUGCUGGGUAUCGGCGCCGUCCCCAUCCAGCCCUUCGGCAUCUCCUACAUCGACGACUACGCCAGCAAGAGGAACUCGCCGCUCUACCUCGGCAUCCUCCUCGCUGUGACCUCCAUCGGCCCGGCCUUGGGCUUCAUCACCGGCUCCAUCAUGCUGCGCUACUACGUCGACUUUGACAAGUUAUACAAAGACGAGAUCAAGCUGGACUCCAAAGACCUGCGCUGGGUGGGGGCCUGGUGGCUCGGCUUCCUGGUGGCGUCCUGCCUCCUCUUCCUCACUGCGCUGCCUUACCUCUUCUUCCCCAGGGACAUGCCCAAAGAGGACGGUGCAGACGAUGUCGAGUCCAGACCGGACAGCAAGCAACAGCAGACAGACCCGCCGCAGGAACUGUCCCUCCUUCAGUUCCUCAAAAGUUUCCCUCGCAUCGCUCUGCGGACGCUGCAGAGUCCCAUCUACCUGCUGGUGGUCCUGGCGCAGGUCAACCUGGCGGCGCUGCUGGCCGGCCUCGCCACCUUUAUGGCCAAGUUCAUCGAGCGACAGUUCAGCCAGACCGUCUCCUUCGCCACCAUGAUGAUAGGGGGAGUCAGUAUCCCGCUGGCGGUGCUGGGCACCGUCCUGGGUGGAGUUCUGAUGCGGAGACUGAAUCUUUCGGUCAGCGGUGCCAGCAAGCUGUGCACCAUCGCCAUCCUGCUCUGCAUGUUCUCCGCCACGCCGCUGCUGCUCCUCGGCUGCUCCACCCAGCCGGUCGCCGGGAUCUUUCCCUCCAGUAACAAAACCUCAAGUGCUGAGUUGCCGUGCAGCUCCAGCUGUCGGUGUCCUCAUGAGGCCUUUAACCCGGUCUGUGGUUCCGACGGGGUGGAGUUCAGGUCUCCCUGCCACGCCGGCUGCAGCACCGAGGAGAAGGACGCCAGCAACAAAGUGAUAAACUACACCGCGUGUCGGUGCGUCGGCGGUGUCGGCGGCGGUCCCGGCUUCGCCUCUCCUGGGACCUGCGGCAGCGGAUGCGGCCACCUCCUCCGCCCCUUCGUGGUCCUCCUGGGUCUCACCAGCUUCGUUGCGUCCUUCUCCCAGACGCCGUCGUACAUGAUGAUCCUCAGGACGGUGCCCACAGAGGACAAGUCUUUUGCAGUGGGAGUUCAGUACAUGCUGUUCAGAGUCCUCGCGUUCAUGCCCGGCCCGGUGCUGUACGGCAGCGUCAUCGACACCACCUGCAUCCUGUGGGGCAAGAAGUGCGGCAAGCAGACGUCCUGCCUCUACUACAACCUGGACCGCUUCAGACAGAGGUUUCUGGGUCUGCAGGUGGUCUUCGUGUGCGGGGGCCUGCUCUGCUUCCUGCUGACCGUCGUGGUGCUUCGCAGGAGGGCGGGGCGUCAGGAACCAGAGCCGGUCGGUAAAGGAGGCUACAAGCUGGUGAACGAUCAGAAACCCACGGAGAAGAGUUCAUGUAAAGAGAAAGAACUGAAGGGCAUCAAGACCUGAAGGAGGCCAAGGAGAGGGCGCCAGAAAAGACAUUUUCUAAGAUGUGAGAAAGUAACGGACUCGCUGCGCUGCGAGCGAGCAGCGUGGAGUGUUCCUCAGUCGGCCGUUGUAAUGAGGCUAAGAGGCUUUUUAUACUGUAUUUUUGUACAUUCAAACACUCUACAGGCUUCACUAACAACUCCAGUGACAUAUUCACUGUUUUUAUAUGAUGAGACCAAACAAACACCUCCAACUUUAAAGCUGUGGAAUCAGCUGCUGAUGUUUAAUAAGCUGCAGUUCCUCUAACGGCCACUGGAUGCUGCUCAAACAAACCUGACUGUUGAAGUGAACGGGAAAACUCCCGACUUCCUCCACAGACAGUCAGGACACUGUGAUGUGACUUCAGUUAUUCAGCUUAUUGUUAGCAGCCAUGCUAGCAGCCACAUUAGCAACCGUAUUAGCAGCCAUGUUAACAGCUUGUUAGCAGCCACAUUAGCAGCCAUGCUAACAUGUCUGUUUUAAAGCUGCGGCGACAUCCCAGACACUAUUUCUAUGAUUCUCUAAGAACAGAGUGAAUGUGUCUGUCUGACCUUUAAUGUGACACUUUCUCUGCAGUGAUGAGACUUUUUAUUAUUGAAUUUUGUAACAUGAAAACUUUUCUGUGAAAAUCACAAUCAUAUAUUUUUAAACCAAGAAAAUGUAUAAAGACAUUUUACAGAGAUUUCUUAAAAUGAUUUUUAUAUGUGGUUGUUUAUAUAAGGGUGUUUUUUUCUUUUGUCAAUGCGUGAUUGCAUUGACUAUUUACAAGUAUUCAGUGUAUGAAGUGGAGUGUAUAUAUGUCAAGGAUAUAUGCUGAGAGGAGAACAAUAACAUUAGCAUUGUGUUCUGUCUGGGUCUGAGAAGCCUCUGUGGUUCUGGUUCUGUCAUAUUAUGAGCUGGUUCAUGUCUUUGACAAAUGCUUCUAAUCUAAAACUGUGAGAAAGAAAUUUAAAGCCAGUUUUAAUAAAACUGAACAUUAUUGAUUAAGUUUGUUUUUGGUUUAGUUCAGUUCCUGCUGCUUCGACAUGACGACAGUCUGAAACUGUGAUUCGUUCUUUUGUCGGGACUUUACUUUGAAAUAUCAGCAACACUUUAUUUUACAGCUCCUGGAUUCUACAGAAAAUUUCUUCAUAAUUUCUUCACAAAUUCCUAAAGAUUAGCUGUAAAUUACCAGAAUAUUUCUAUGAAAGUCUUUGGUAUUGAAUAUAAUGGAAAUAAAAGUGUUAAAUCUG